AGGUUUUCGACAGAAAAACUAAACAAAAAGAAACAUACUUGUUGUCAAUGUUCACAAAUAUAUACGAAGUAUUGCAGAGACCCGUAUUAUUUAUGCAUCCAAAGUUUUUUACGAAACGUUCUCAAGCGAUGCUUAUUGAAAAUCUGUUCUUACGCAUUUUUAUAGCAAUUAUUUACAUAUUCUGAUUAUUUCUUAUUUUAUAUUUUAAAAACUUUUUUAUGUUAUUUACAACAAAGUUUGAAAAGAGUAUUAUUUACGAGAUUGUCUAGCGACUUAACAAUGAUUUGUAAACUUUAUUGAACAUGAAAUCAAAAGAUAUAAACAUUUGAUGGAUUAAAGAGAAACUGAUGAGAAGUAAAAAACUAAUAGUAAAAUUUCUUGCUGCAUUAAACGUCAGUUAAACGUGUUUAAUAACCCAAUAAAACGAUAGUUUCAAUUGGCGUUCCUUCAAAAUAUUGGAUUACAAUUAGAAAAUGAAUUGGAUAUUGUUUGGCGAAAAUGUCAUUAUUAAGAAACGCAAACCGAUUGAGCAAUUUAACUUAGCCAUGAUUGAUAGUUCCUUAGAAAGCAAUGAAUCAGGUUCUUUAAUAAGUUUUAUUAGCGAUUCACAAGACGACUCGCUUAAUAGCUGUGUCUCAUGUAACAUGUCUGCAAAACACCUCGAUGAGCUCGAAUUUGCGCAAUUUGAUGAGGUAGAUCAUGCUUUAAAAAAAACAACGCAAACAAAAAGUUGUUGUGUACUUAACAACAAUUGUGCAGAUGGAAUGAAAACAAAAAAUCAUCAAUUUGGUCUUAUAAAAGUUACCCAGCGUAACCACGUGACAUGUAAAGAAAAAGAUGAAAAUCUGCGUGGUUUUCAAUCUUUGAGAAACGUUUUUUCAGAUAAUACAUUUUUACAACCAUCAAUGAAAAAAAAAAAGAGCUCUGUUUUUUUUAAGAACUUAUCGGUGUCUUCAUUAAACGAGUUAUUAAAUGAAAGGAAUAAACUGCUGAACAAUACACUUUUAGAUGAGUUGACGGAGAAAUUGGAAGAGUUUAACAAGGUUACGCCGAGGUGUGAAAAUUCAUUUUCUAGUUCAUUUAAAGAGACAACUAAUAAAAUAAACAAUCUCAACAGGGAAACUUCCUCAUUUUGUUUCCCUUCUUCGAUUUGCUCGGACACUAGCUUAGACUUUUCAAAUGAUGAAAUAAUUUCUUCUAGAUUAAAACUUAAAGGCUCAAGACAAGAGUGGAUAAAGUUUAAUGAACAAGACAAUGACAGUAUAAACCAUAUUUCUUUUGAAAACACUGGCAUAAAAUGUACUUUUCAAAGUGAAAAUUUCGAAACUGAUAAAUUGUGUAAUCUCACAAACGAUCACAAGUAUACUAUUUGUACGACUAUGAAACAAGGCGGGAGUGAAGAAAAUGCCUUUCUAUCAAACAAAAACAAUUUAGAAAAAAUCCUUUCAGACAAUGAAAGUGAAGAGGAAGUUAAUAAGUUAUCAAAAACUUCUAUCACAAUACACCCCAAAGCUUCACUAUUUCAUUCUAGUUCGGUCAUAAAACAAAAGUUAUCAGAAAACACUGAGGAAGCAUUUAGCUUUACUGAACUAAGUGAUUCUGAACAAUCAAAUUUAAAACAAAAUUAUGCAAGUUGGAAUUUUUGGUAUCGCUAUCCAGGUCGUGCAAGACGUUUAGGAAGAAGAAAAUGGAUUCCGGUUACUGUUUUUAUUGAAAACGGUUUUAUUAAAUUACAUGGAACUACUAAAAAAGGGUCAGAAAUUUUUAAAGAGUUUCCACUCCACCCAUUUUUUGUAUUUACAAUUCCAAAGGUUCAAAGAGGGAAUAAAGACGGUCAAGUUCAUUCUGUAAAAUUACAAUAUGUUAAAUAUAAAGAAUCUCGGCGGUUAAAAAACGGAUCAAAUGUUGAACAUGUACCGGUUUAUACUCCUGUUUUAAAGCUUGCGUCUAGAGAUUUACUUAGUUUUAGAGAGUUUCUUAAUGAAGUUGAAAGAAUUAUUCGCCAUAUUCCGACAUUUCGUAGCAACAUGGUUUCAUAUCGUCAAGAAGGAAUAUUUGUUGACUGUGAUGACGAAUGCAACUACUUGUUUUCCGGAGACGGAAAAAUUCUUCAGUAUAGCAUUACAGUACAACUUCGAUUACGAACUUUUAUUAGUGGAAACCCAUACAUAACAAUAUUUUUAAAUGAUAUGAACUACAAAGAUGAAGUAAUAGCUAAUAGUUUAUUAGAAGACUUAAAGCCUCCAGAGACAUGGAUUAAACCACUGAAAUACGAAUACCAUCCAUGCGUUGAUACAAAAAAUACCAAUGGAGGAGUAAAAUUUUUGCCACCUGAUGGAUGUAGUUUUGAACUUCUUCGUUUUCGUGUUCGUGCUAAAUCUCUCCCACCACUAUCUACAAUGGCAAGCGUAGAGAUUAUAAAUAAUAACGUCGUUCGAUUAAAAGCUUCUCUUUGUGUUUUUGGUGGUAAGAACAGUUUUCAUUACGUCAGAGAAGACGUUCUACUUUAUAUUCCGAUUCCAGGCUCGUGGAGUACGAUGUUUGUCCGUAGUAAAAGUUUACGUGGUUUUAACAAAUAUUUAAAGGUAAAAGCCACAUACAAAACUGGAGAUGCUGCUUUGGCUACAUUGAACCAUGUUUCUCUCCAGGUAAGUGUUGGUAGAGCUACCUACGAGCCAGCAUUUGGCGGAUUAGUUUGGAGAUUAGGGUCUUUACCCGUCAUCAAAGGAAACAAUUCAGGUGAAGCGUUGCACACUUUUCAAUGUCAAUUUGAACUUCCGUUUCCUAUUAUAAUGAUUGAAGACUUUCAACCCUAUGCCUACGUUGAGUUUAAUGUUGGACAUCAAAUUGCUUCAGAUGUUAUUGUUCAUCAAGUUGUAGUUUCUGAUAACAAAUCUCCAGAGAAAUGGAUAUGCUAUCGUUCUAAUUAUAUGUAUAAAAUUAAAAUGAAGUUACUGUAAAUAUAUAAAAAAGCAAAACUUUAAUUGGUGUUAAUUAGACAAGAGCUUUUGCUCGUUAAAUAUUACUGCAUCUUUAAAAUCAUUUCGAAACCAAGGAAGUUUUUAACAUUCUUAUUAGAUAAUAGUUUUCAUACAUUUAUUUAAGUCUAAAUUUAUGUUUGCGUUUAUACAACCUAAUAUUUAGAAAUAUUAGAAUAAAUAAUGUACUAUAUAUUUUUGAAAGAAAUUUAUUUAUUAUCUAUUUA